CUCUCUCACUUUCUCUGAGGAGACUAACGGGAAAAUGACUCCAGCUGCAUCUACUGCUCUCACCUCUAUGGAUGGAAGAUGAAGAUACGACACAAUUCUGGACUUUACACCACAAAACGAGGCUUACCUCUCCACUCUUGACACUUUUUUCUCACCCUUUUUGAUUCAAAGAUCUGGACCUGAAAACGUUUUUGGUUUUUAACGGCGUUUUGGGGGGGAAACUCGUGGAGUUAUCAGCCAACGGGAAAGUCUAGUGGAAGUUCUCCAGACAUCCUUCAACAUGGAAGAACAGUGCUACUACAAUGAAACCAUUGCCUUCUUUUACAAUAAAAGUGGGAAGUACCUGGCCACCGAAUGGAAUACAGUCAGCAAACUUGUGAUGGGACUUGGAAUUACAGUAUGUAUCUUUAUCAUGCUAGCUAACCUGCUAGUGAUGGUAGCCAUCUACAUCAACCGCCGUUUCCAUUUCCCCAUCUAUUAUCUAAUGGCUAACCUAGCAGCAGCGGACUUUUUUGCCGGACUGGCUUACUUCUAUUUGAUGUUUAACACGGGGCCCAACACACGACGACUGACUGUCAGCACGUGGUUGCUACGUCAGGGCCUCAUUGACACUAGCCUAACAGCCUCCGUUGCUAAUCUGCUAGCCAUCGCCAUUGAGCGGCACAUCACAGUCUUCCGUAUGCAGCUUCACACGCGCAUGAGCAAUCGGCGUGUGGUAGUGGUCAUCAUGAUCAUCUGGACCAUGUCUAUCAUCAUGGGAGCAAUCCCCAGCGUGGGCUGGAACUGCAUUUGUGCCAUUGAAACUUGCUCCAGCAUGGCGCCACUCUACAGCAACUCAUACCUCGUCUUCUGGGCCAUCUUCAACCUGGUGACCUUUGUGGUUAUGGUGGUGCUGUACGCUCACAUAUUCAUGUACGUCCGCCAGCGCACCAUGAGGAUGUCACGGCACAGCUCUGGCCAGCGGAGGAACAGGGACACCAUGAUGAGCUUGCUGAAGACUGUGGUGAUUGUGCUAGGUGCUUUCAUCGUGUGCUGGACACCUGGUUUAGUCCUCCUGUUACUGGACGUUUUCUGCAACGACUGUAACGUUUUGGCGUACGAGAAGUUCUUGCUCCUCUUAGCUGAGUUUAACUCGGCCAUGAACCCCAUCAUAUACUCGUACCGGGACAAAGAGAUGAGCGUAACGUUCAAGCAGAUCCUGUGCUGUCAGCGGCAGGAGAACGUAAACGGUACAGCAGAAGGUUCUGACCGCUCGGCUUCAUCCUUUAACCACACGGUCCUCAGCUCACCCCACAAUAAUGACCACUCAGUGGUCUGAAACGGAAUGUAGGAGCUAAGCAGGCACUAUCAGGAUCAAACCCAGGACUGGAGAGAAGCCCCUCGCUCCUGGAAGCAUUUGCAUCAGCAAUGACUUAAUUGUUGUGGGCUUAUGGAGGGAUUUGUUUGUUCCUUUUAUUUUUGUACAUGUUCAUUGUUGACAUUAUAUUAAGUAUUUAAGGACUAAUCUAUGUUACAAAGUUCCAGCCAGUAUAGAACACAUUUCCCUCAUACCUUUCACAAUGCCAGGAGCAGGAGAGAAGGUCUAAUGAGUAUUUACAAAACGAUCUUUUUUUUAGUCAUGAAUUUAGAAAUAGUCAUAGAAACCUGCCAGAAUAUUAAUUAUAUUUACCUUUUUUGCUUAUGCUUUUGCACUAUAGACAUAAGCAGUGCACUCUUGGGACCACUGAUGAAAGGCCACCAGAUAUUCUACGAAGGAGAUGGGGUGUAUAUGUUAUUGGAUUUGUGCCAUCCUCUACUUUGCACUGCGGUUUCUUCCUGUGCUGUUACACACAGAGCAGAAGCAGAAGCGCUAAGCACAUUUAGGACGAAGCCAACAGUGUAUUAAACAUUUCAGUAUGUGGACCAAGAAAAGUUACAGCAGGUCCCUGCCUCAAUAACUUGAAUCACUUACAGCUUAAAUGGCUUCAUGGAUCUUAGGUCUUUUGUCCAAGCAGACCGUGAUAGCAUUCACAAGUCUCCGCUGCGAUCCUGGCAAUGGUAUUCAAAAUAACAAACUGAUCAUUUUUCAUGUGGGGACAUCUUCCACCUCAUAUCUGAGUAGGUUUUCGACAUUAUUUACGGUUUCGUCCCUGUAUGGACACGGACCACUUACAUACAUGAGCCAUUUUUUCAGGGAGUCCAAGAACUUUCAACCACAUGAGAAAUCCACAAGUGCCCUGUAGAAGACUUUUAUUAUAUGUUUUGAAUAUUUUGGAUUUUGUGUGAUUCUUUUGAGGAACGGCCACGUUUCAUUGAUGAAUGAAUGACACUUUUGCUAACAGACGUAACACAGAACACAUAUACUCAAAAAUCUUGUAAUAAUGUUUUGGAGUGGUGAUCGAAAACAGAGGAGGUCACAGAGUAGGUUGUGUGUGGAUUAUUGUAUGAGUUUAGCCUUCAGGGCCGACCGAAAACGCUUUUUAUUCUUGAGUCAUGGCCACAAGCACCAUGCAGUGUAAUCAUGUUGGAAAAAACAAUGAAUUCUUUUUAUGACUAGACAAAAGAAAUUAAAUUAUCAGUGUAGGAAGUGUAUGUAUGUAUGUAUGUAUAUAGUAUAUGUAUAUAUUCAAUGUUAGUUAAAAAGGGAAUGUUUAUUUUUAAGGAUAAAAAUUGGAUCGUUUUAUUUCUUUUAUUCUCUCAGUUGUAUUUUGCUUUAAAUUUACUUAAAUUAAUUUUACUUUAACUUUAGGGCCAAACAUGUUAUUUCCUUUUAAUUGACCUAAAAUUUUAGACACAACUCUGCUCUGUGCUGGAUGGGACUGUCCUUAUAACCUCUGAAGUCAUGUUGUCAUUCUGUGUUCGGCAUCAUGCCCAUAUUAGGAACUCCAUGCUGGUUUUCUGUGUGAUAAAAUGAAGGCCAAAAAAAUAAUUUUUUUAAAUCCUAAAAUUGCUGUUGUUAUACCCGGGGAUAAGCAAAAAUGUUACAAAGCUUUUUCAGUGGGCAAUUAACUGGUGCUGUACAGGGGGGAAGCGGGACAACAUGUACAUGUAAAAAAAAUCCCACAAAUUAGUGAAUAAUAAAUACUAAAUAUAAUAAUAUCUAAAAACAAAAUAAGCAAAAUGAAUAAAUUCAUUCUAAGUAGUAGUUAAGCCACCAAUUGCCUGAACAACACAUGAAUCGUAUUCUUAGAGGCUGCAGAGAUGGAGGAGCCUUUAGACAGUCAAACAGCCACAGCUGUGAAAAGUGCUUGUAAUAAAGACAAAUACACGACUAGAUAACGACAACUGGAUAACGACAAGUCUGACAUUUGGCAGUCAUUCAUGGCUAAUCCAGAUGGCCAGCUGUUUGGGUCUGCAGGCGGGAGUGGGACCAAACAUGUAGGUUGCAGGUAGGAGCAGGACAAAUGGUGCAGAUUUUCAGCGUGAGCGAGAUCUUGUGUGCCGGUAGGAGGUCUCAUGCAGACCUCUACUCACAACCUCAUAAAAAUGCCUCACACAAACCAGCCAGCUUUGUAAAAAUACGAUGGUUGAGUUGCAUUGUUUGAUUGCAGAAGGCUAAAGUUUGAGUAGCUGGUGUUUGUAAUGAACAGUUUUGCGGUUUUACUUGUCUAGUAGAGAAAAUCAGCUCAGAUCUGUAGAUCUUAAUAUGGUCUUGACAGCAAGUACAGAAUGCCAUACUACUUCAGAGGUCUGUUGUGAAUGGUUUCAAACACAGUGUGUACUAUCAUUGGUUUGUCCUUUCAAGAAUGUAGCACUAUAAUACACACAAUUCUGUAGCUACUUUAUUUGCCUGCAAAUCAGACAAGAUAACCUAGACUGAGUUUUCUAAUAGCUUAUUGGUUCACUAUUACCCUGUCAAAUAGAUUGCCUCCUCUAAGCAUGGAAAGACCCUGGAGGAGACAGUCUAGAACCACUAUGUCUAUGAACUGUCAUGGACCACAUAGUUAACUCCUUUCAACCUUUAUAGUUUGACUACAUUGUUCAUGAUGUUUAUUUAAAAGAAAUUCUGAUCUCCUUCAAAAAGCAUUCAUCAUUUUGUUUGUUCUCUUGCUGAAGCCCAUUGAAUUCUGUAUGGUAACAUUCAUUUAACAGUAUAAUUCAAUCAGCGAAUCUUCUUAAAAUAAACUUGUAUGGUAUCAAACA